GUGCCAGGGCAUAUUCGUUUGCGGGCUCUCGUGACGAGUUAGCGUGCAUCCCGUUGUUCGUACAAGUACAGUCACCAGCGAGUUUUCGAAGCAGUUCUUAACAAACUACCGAGCAACAUGAGGGAAAUCGUCCACAUUCAAGCUGGCCAGUGCGGAAACCAAAUUGGCGCUAAGUUUUGGGAAAUAAUCAGCGACGAGCAUGGCAUCGACCCGACUGGAACCUACCACGGAGACUCGGAUCUCCAGUUGGAACGCAUCAACGUUUACUACAAUGAAGCCUCCGGCGGCAAAUAUGUACCACGCGCCAUCCUCGUCGAUCUUGAGCCAGGAACCAUGGACUCCGUCCGCUCGGGACCUUUCGGACAGAUCUUCAGACCCGACAACUUCGUGUUCGGUCAGUCUGGAGCUGGCAACAACUGGGCGAAAGGACACUACACCGAAGGCGCUGAGUUGGUAGACUCUGUGCUCGACGUAGUCAGGAAGGAGGCUGAGAGCUGCGACUGCCUGCAAGGUUUUCAGCUGACCCACUCCCUCGGCGGCGGUACCGGUUCCGGUAUGGGUACCCUGCUGAUCUCGAAGAUCCGCGAGGAAUACCCCGACAGAAUCAUGAACACAUACUCAGUCGUCCCGUCUCCGAAAGUAUCGGACACUGUCGUCGAACCGUACAAUGCCACUCUCUCCGUUCAUCAACUCGUCGAGAACACGGACGAAACCUACUGUAUUGACAACGAGGCCCUGUACGAUAUCUGCUUCCGCACUCUGAAACUGUCCACGCCCACCUACGGUGACCUGAACCAUCUCGUAUCCCUCACAAUGUCCGGCGUGACGACCUGCCUCAGGUUCCCCGGUCAGCUGAACGCUGACUUGAGAAAACUCGCCGUCAACAUGGUACCGUUCCCGCGUCUCCACUUCUUCAUGCCCGGAUUCGCUCCUCUGACCUCACGCGGCAGCCAACAGUACAGAGCACUCUCGGUGCCCGAGCUCACCCAGCAGAUGUUCGACGCGAAGAACAUGAUGGCCGCGUGCGACCCCAGACACGGAAGGUACCUCACGGUAGCCGCCAUCUUCCGUGGCAGGAUGUCGAUGAAGGAGGUCGACGAACAGAUGCUAAAUAUCCAGAACAAGAACAGCUCGUACUUCGUCGAGUGGAUCCCGAACAACGUGAAGACAGCCGUCUGCGACAUUCCGCCUCGUGGACUCAAGAUGUCCGCGACGUUCAUCGGCAACUCAACCGCCAUCCAAGAGCUGUUCAAGAGAAUCUCCGAGCAGUUCACCGCCAUGUUCAGGAGAAAGGCUUUCCUCCAUUGGUACACCGGAGAGGGUAUGGACGAGAUGGAGUUCACCGAAGCCGAGUCGAACAUGAACGAUCUGGUCUCAGAGUACCAGCAAUACCAGGAAGCUACCGCGGACGAGGACGCAGAGUUCGACGAGGAACAAGAGGCCGAGGUCGACGAGAAUUAAAGACCUGCCAAGACAACUGCCCCGUUAUCUCUCUCACUCAUGCUCUGCUUCUUAACUCUGCGUUACCUCCCUCGUCCCCUCGUUCCCUGUAUUUUUUAUUUCUUUUUUACAGACUGUUCUCUGUCCACCAUGGCAAUUUCACGAACAGGCGCACCUUAACGGCUCCUCCCGCCCCCCCGAAUUUACUUUCGUACUCGCCGAAUUAUUCGAAAGGAAUUUUCUUUGGAUUGUCGUUUCUGUGUCCUAUGUUGUCCUCCCUGUUUAUCUAUUUUUUUUUCGUCGUUUCUCAUUCGAUUUUUACUGUUUGCAAGGUGCGUCUCUGUAUCCAGUGUAUAACCGCUGACGCGGUCCACCACCGUUUAUAAAUAAAUUAUUAUGAUAUAAGCGUAUGUUUUAUAAGGAACAACCCCCAUUUAUAACUAGCCUUAUAAGUAACGCAUCAGACGAUUGGUUUUUUGUAUUUAUGAAACUACAAUUGUAGAUCUGAAUAAAGUGGAUCAUUCAGCCCACGAAUGCCAAUAUGAACCUUGA